CGAAUAUGUAUCGCGUGGGGAUCGCGAGCUGUGACCAGAUUCUGUUUGCAAAUGAUUUUAAGAACGAAGAAUGCCGUGAAUGGCAGAGAAAUGAGUGCGGAGGAAAGAUUUGUCACCGAAGUGCCUAGCAGUUUGAAACAACUAGCACGGCUUGUUGUUCGCGGUUUUUAUACCAUAGAGGAUGCCUUAAUCGUUGAUAUGCUGGUCAGAAAUCCCUGUAUGAAGGAGGACGACAUAUGCGAGCUGCUGAAAUUCGAGCGAAAGAUGUUGAGAGCUAGAAUAUCCACGCUAAGGAACGACAAAUUUAUUCAAGUUAGACUUAAGAUGGAAACUGGAUCUGAUGGAAAGGCGCAGAAAGUGAACUACUAUUUCAUCAAUUACAAGACUUUCGUCAAUGUCGUCAAGUACAAAUUGGAUCACAUGCGUAAGAAAAUGGAAACGGAAGAACGAGAUGCAACCAGCAGAGCCAGCUUCAAAUGCACAAAUUGUCUUAAGACUUUUACAGACCUUGAGGCAGAUCAACUCUUUGAUAUGACAACAGACGAGUUCCGAUGUACUUAUUGUCGGAACAUCGUCGAGGAGGAUCAAUCUGCUCUACCGAAAAAAGACUCCAGACUACUUCUGGCAAAAUUUAACGAACAAUUAGAGCCGCUCUAUAUUUUGCUGCGAGAAGUCGAGGGCAUAAAAUUGGCACCGGAAAUCCUCGAGCCCGAACCUGUUGACAUCAAUACCAUACGCGGCAUCGAUACGAGGAAGCAAAUUGGGCUUCGUGCUCCGGGCGAACAAUGGUCAGGCGAGGCGACGAGGUCGUCUGGAUUUGCCGUCGAAGAUACGAGAGUGGACGUUACCAUCGGCGACGAAUCGGCCAAUGAUAACGCUGCCAAUCGUAGAAAGGAGAGGCCGAUAUGGAUGAUGGAAAGCACCGUAGUAAACACAGACGGAUCGCAGACGGAUGUGGCUGGAGGCCAGGACAGUAUUCUUGAUAAGGCUGCAACGAACGCGACAAAUGCAACGAACGUAAUGAAUAAACAGGGCGAAGACAUAAUGUCGGUGCUGCUGGCACAUGAGAAAAAGGGAGGGGCUAAUGCUGCCAAUGCCAUUAAGACUGUAAUACCUCAAGAAUCUAGCGAUAGUAGCGAUAACGAGGAUGUUACGGAGAUACAGGCUAUCGAUAUGGGCGACGUAGAGACGAUGGAUUCAGAGGAUGAUGACCUGGUGCCCACAGUCAGUGUAGGAGGAAAAACAGUUUCGAUUACGGAUAUCAACGACACUUUGAUUGCCGACAUGACGCCGGCGGAGAAAGAAGCUUACAUUCAAACGUAUCAAGAAUAUUAUUCACACAUGUACGAUUAGUCUGAAAACAGCUUGCGAGAGUUAUAUUUUUAAAUUAAAUUGUACCAUGACUGUGAAUUUAGACACAUAUACGUGGAGUAUGAGAAUAUUUUGUAUAAGUAUGAGAAUAAAA